AAGGAGUCGUCUGAUGGUUAUGGGGUCAGCGGGUUGUCUGGAGGCCACGGGGUCAAGACGGCCUCCAGACCCCAAAGGGACGAGGCGUCACCCGACGGUUACGGGGUCAAGGGGUCAUCGGAUUCUUAUGGGGCCAAGACGGCCUCCAGGCCCCACAGGGACGAGGCGUCACCCGACGGUUACGGGGCCAAGGAGGGCUAUGGGGCCAAGGAGGGCUAUGGGGCCAAGGAGGGCUAUGGGGCCAAGGAGGGCUAUGGGGUGAAGGGUUCGUCGGACUCCUUCGGGGCCAAGACGUCCUCCGGCCCCCACAGGGAGGUGGAGGUUCUCCUUGGGGCCGUUAGGGACGAAGGUUCCUAUUUCCUGGUCUACGGGGUCCCGGGUUUCGGGAAGGACAACGAAAGCCUGAUCAGUAGAGAGGAAUUCCUGGGGGGGGUCCGGAUGGGGGUCCCUCAAGCCAACGACUUGGCAGCCGAGGCCGUGGUCCUUCAUUACACCGACUGGAUGGACGCCGACAACCCGAUCAAAAACAGGGAGGCUCUGGACGACAUCGUGGGGGAUCACAACGUCGUCUGCCCCCUGAUGGCCUUCGCCCAGCGCUGGGCUCAGAGGGGGGGCAGAGUUUACGCUUAUCUCUUCGACCACCGCGCUUCGACCCUGCUGUGGCCCCCUUGGAUGGGGGUCCCGCACGGCUACGAGAUCGAAUUCGUGUUCGGGCAGCCGCUGGAUCCUAAAAAGAAUUACACCAGGGAGGAGGUGGAGCUCAGCAGGAGGAUCAUGCGGUACUGGGGGAACUUCGCCCGAACCGGGUAGGGUGCA